UGUGUUGUUUAAAGCUGCACUUACAGACAACACAUUGACCAUUACUUAUGUUCAUACCUGAACUGUUGUACACAAGUUAACUAUUGACAGUCAGUUUUAAAACGCUCAACCGCUUGCCAUAAAUGAUUAAUUAAUUCAAGAGUGAAUUGUAUGUAAACAUGGGAAGGAUUAAAACCCAAUUAGCUAUUUUGACUGCUUUUUUGGCUGGAAUUAUAAUGUACGUUGUAUUCACACAACAAACGGAAUUAAUGUCACGGGCUCCGGAAGUUGUUGCCCACGAGACUACGACUUUUGUAGAGGAUGUUGAGACGUAUGAAAUACCAUUGGCAAAAGAGCUGGAGAGACUUUCAUCUACAGAUCAGAUGAAUAUUUAUUGGACGUACAUAAACCGGCUACAGGUUCUUUGCAAGGACGUUAUCAGAGUCGGCAGUCUCAAGGACGGAGGCAAGGAAAUAUGCGUUGACAAACCGUACAAACCAAAGGCGCCUUGUGUCGUGUAUUCAUUCGGCAUCAAUUAUCAGUUUGAUUUCGAUUAUGCCACGGUGGACUUGUUUGGCUGUGAUGUGUACGCGUUCGAUCCCAGCAUGAACAGAAGUACGUCGAGAAUUACGGAGCACAUUAAGUUUUACAAAUGGGGCUUGGGUGGAGAAGAUACGGUUAACAACUAUGGCUGGCCAAUCAAAACACUGUCUUCAAUACGAAAGGAGCUUGGCCAUACUGAUAAACCUAUCGAUCUUCUAAAAAUAGACAUCGAAGGCGAUGAGUGGCAUGCUAUUCCUCAAAUGAUCGCAUCGGGAGCGCUAGAUGACGUCAAGCAAAUCUCUAUGGAAACGCAUUUCCUUUCUGAGCGACCAUCAUCACCGAAAAACUGGGGCAGCAUUCCGCUUCCCGGUCAUUUGCAGUUAUCAGCCCUUAGACAGUUAUACGAUGCGGGAUACAGAAUUUUUAUGCGGGAAAGGAACAUGUGGUCUCAUCAACAGUGGCCUUCGAUAAGAGGAUUUAUUACAAAUGUCAACGAAAUUUCAUUGAUAAGGCCGGUAAAAAAAUAGAAGUAAAGUUCCAUCUGCUGUCAGCUGUGGUAUUUGCAUUGAUUGUAUUAUCGUGUAUGAUGCCAUUGUUUAGCUUUGUUUAUGUAUGUUACAUUUUGUUGCACUUUUGUUUUGUUUAAACAUUUUAACUGCGUAUUUAAAAUACGUUAAUGCCAAUUUGAAAUAUUGGAUAAAAUGCCUAACAUUGAAACUUCCUUGCGGCUCGAAUAUGAUCCACUCUGAAUAACACGCUAACCGACCACCUAGUUAUUCAUUGGCUUAAAAGUGUUGUAUAUUUUGAUAACGUUUUUCAGGCGUUCCUUGAUAUUAUUUUUUUUUGUUAUUCGCGGAAGACACGUCUGAUAUUCGUAUAUAUUUGUACCCAACUCUCACUUUUGCAGUUUGUUUUGCCAUUACAUUGUUAUACAUUUAGGACUUUGCUUUCGAAGAGUGCUACACUUCUUAACUUAUAUACCAGUCCGAUUUGCUACUGAGCAAGAAGUAUUUGUAUAAUUGUUAACCUGUGCUUCAAAUUGGAAGACAAUGAAAUUCGCAUUCUUCGAUUACAUGCUUAAGGAUGGAUCAAUUGUAUACUAUGCGCAUUGUUUUAGUUAGAUUAUCUUAGCGGCAUGAUAAUGUAAUUUAUUGCUGCUUUCUUAUGUAAUAAGAAAUCCGAAUUUGUUUUUUUCUCUAUUUAUACAAGUCAUCGGAGGCGGUAAUCACGUGACAACAAGUUGGCGACGUCUAUGUCGCGACGGGGUUUUCGCCGUUUUUUACCCGUUAUCACUUUUAUAAAAAAAAUGACGCUCACUUUCAAGCCAUGUCAGCAAGAGAGUCAUUAAGGUUUAUUUCGAAUUAAUAUUCUCUCUAAAUCUCGACCUAAAGCGAUAGUAUGGGCAUUUUACAAUGUUGAAUUGAGCUGAAAAGAAUGAACAGGUCAAAGGAGUUUUAUAUUCUAUAUUUUACGUGACUCACCCAGUCAUAUAAGCCGAAAUGAUCCGUAAAACAAAAUUAUGUCUUUGUGUCGAAUGAAAUAAUCUGCACUUAAACUAAAUUUAGAUUCACAUCGUACAUGCAUGAUCAGUUGUCAAACGAAAGUACGGUUGAUAUUCAAAUGCAUUAUUUUUCUCUUUCCGGGAUAUUGUUUUAGUAUGUUGAUGCUGCAUUAACAAAUAUAAAUGUAUAUGAAGUGAAAACACCAAAAAUAAACAACGGUUGCGAUAGACACCUCAAAACUGUUAGAUGCCCAUAAUAUCACUUGAACAAGCUGCAAAUUUUUUUAGCGGAAUCACAAAAUUGCAGCCCCCGUUAAGAAAAUUCUUAGCGUGUAAAGUUGAGAUAUCGAGCGAAUAUUAAUACGAAAUAAGCACCAAUGACGUUCUUGUUGAUAUGGCUGGAAAGUGAGCGGCAAUUAAAACUAUUCUAAUUAUCUUAUGUUUUAUUUAUGCAUCAUGUUUACAUAGUUUGUAUUAAUACAAAUAGUAAAGACAAUGAAAUGUUUUUUGAUGAACCAAUAUUUUACAUGUAGACAUGACUGAUAAACAUACUUUAUAUGAAUAGCAUGUCAUAUUUGAUAUUAAGCUACAAAACGACGGAAAUCAAAUAGUUAUUUGCACGUUUAUAAUUAUAUGUUUACAAUGCUUAUUUACACUUUUUAAAAUACGUUCUCUUUUCGGGACGCUUUAUGGAAAGACGCUUGGCGGAUGGAGGAUGGCUGGGCGGUUUGGCGCGCGGUUUUCCGCUCUAUUAGUCGUACAGCUAUUUCAGAUUUGAGUCUCCUUUUUGAUACGGGCGUGUAUUUUGGUCCCUGGUCCUGUUGUUUAUUGGUAUUCUAGACAUGCAUGUGUAUUGAUAAUGCGUCUGAAGUAUUUAUCUGUAAAUAUAGGACUCGUAUAUGCAGCUAUCAAACAAUUAGGACUGACAGACCAAAGUUUUUCGAUCGCAUGACAACCAAUAAUUGAUGUUUUCCGUGUAGUUAUUCUUUUUUAUAUAUAUGGGCCGUGCUCUGUGAAAGGGGCUCCGCACAGGCUAAUCAGGGACGACACUCAACGCCUUAACGUGUUUUUUGGUAAGAAGAUACUUUCUUGAAACGAAAAAUAACAUUAAAGCGGAAAGUGUCGUCACUUAUUAGCCUGUGCGGACUGCACAUGCUAAUCAUGGACGACACUUUACGCACAUGCAUUAAACCUCAUUUUCACAGAGCACGGCACAUAUUUAUAAAGCUCGUCAACGCUGACAUUUUUUAUGUAUGUAUAUAUAUCUUCAGUUAUAGUAUCAAUAAAAUCUGUGACGUGUAAUUCUUAAAUUUUCAACCAUGUCAAUUAGUAGCGUCGUUCCUUUAAAAAAUAUGCAUAAUUUCAGCCUUAUAUUUAUAGUAAAUACACGGAUUUAUAAUGGCAUCAAAAUGCAUUUAUCAAAUAAUCAGCCCAAGGUUAUUUGAUUCUUAUAUAAGCCGUGUUUAAAUGUGGAAGACAGAAUAUAUUCCAGCAUUUAAUAUAAAAACCUGGUGCCUUCUCCUGUUCACUAUAUUAUAUUUUGAUUAUUUAUAAUGCAGCUUUAAAUUUGUGUAAGUACCGUUAUGAGUAUCACUUGUUUAGGUUGUUGUUGAGUGGAAUCGGGUUGAAUAACACUGUUGUGAUAUAGUGAAUUCCUAAAACACGUGCAUGAACAAACCCGAAAAUGGAAACGGGAAUCAAUUCAAGCGGGUAUUUUUGCAAGCAUAAUUAGUUCACGAGUAUUGGGUUUAUAUUUUAGGGUUAUAGAUGUGUAAAUAAUUAGCUAUAAUUAACGGUUGGUGUCUUCCAGACAUUGGAUUUUCAUUUUGAAAUUUGCGUUGGAACAAUUAACGUGUGCCUUGUAAAGAUACAUGUAAUUGUUUAAAUAUAAAUUACUAUGUACAGGUAAGCUGAUAUUUAUACAAAGGAAAAAAAAACUUUGUAAAUAAUAUGUUUUAAAAACCGAAAGUCGUAUGAAAAUUGAUUUGGUUCGACUGGUUUUAAAGUGGAACUGUUUAACUUGUUCUGUAAAUAAAAUGAAGAGAACUGUU